AUGGCGAUCGUCAACGAGCGCGACUUCCCUCCACUUCCAUCACCAAAUGCAACGCGCCGACGCGCCGCUGAGCGUGUAGUCGAAACCGAUGCCGCAGAACCACCUACAACCAAACCGCUUCCGACAUUGAGUGAUCUCCCCACUGAGCUUAUCUUGCAGAUAAUCAACUACUUUCCCGGCAUGGACAUUGAAGACUUCCAGCUUCCUACGCUCCUCAGUCUGGCAUUGACUAGUCGGCGUUUCUAUAACGUUGUCAUCGACAAGAUCUACUCUAAAUACGAUAGCCAUUUCUGCGAGCCCUACCUUUUCCUCCGUACCAUGAUAGAGGCUCCGCGGCUCACAAAAUAUGUCCACAAUGUGGAGAUCCAACUCGGCACGUACAGUAAUCAGCGCUACCAUGCGACAGCGAGCGACAAGAAAUCCAUCAAGGAGGGAUUGCGUGCGCUUGGUACAUCGGACUGGAAAGAGUGGGCAGCCAGGUGCAACGGAACUCACCUCAAUGACUACGCGCCACAGAAGCACGCGCUACAAAACGCGAUAUUGUUGCAUGCACCAAAGAUUAAACAUCUCGGCGUUCGAGGAAUCGCAAAGGAGAACUUGCGAUAUCCUUCCUGGAUCGAUCUCAUUAGCAGGGCCGCGACAGGUCAUCUCUCUUCACAAGCCCACCGCUUCGAAAAGCUACAAUCGAUCAGCGUUGAGGCAGGUUCGUUAGGUUUGAGCGAGGUCGCACCUCUUUUCCGGCUACAAUCGUUGCGAAAGCUGCAUUUGUGCCAAACUUACCUUUAUGGAUAUCGCCAAGAUGAUGCAGAAGGCGUACACAGAUUACAACGUCUGAUCCCAAAAGCGUGCAACGAUCUAGAGGAGCUCGAUCUGGAGAGCACUUACUACACACCGUCGUUGCUGGAAGUAUUGGUCUCCUCGUCGCGGUGCUUGAAGAGCAUCAAGUACGAGACCGAGUCUGAACUUCACCUGGCAGAGCGGCCACCGCAAAACGGACAGCGGUACAAAACGCUGUCUGAAGUCUUACUCUGCCAGAAGGCAUCACUUGAGACUCUUUGGGUUUGUUGCGAUCCAAUCACCGAGGAUGAUACAAAGCGCAGCGUCCAUCUCCGUGACAACCUCAAAGACUUUGCUUCGCUAAAACAUCUCAGCUGUCCACUAGGCAUGCUUUUGAACCACGAUACCGACAACUUUGUUAAACGAUUGCCAUCCUCGCUGCUGACGUUUCGAACGCCAGUCCGGAAUCACACCGAGGACCAACAGUGCCUGGAGGCCCUGAGAGACGUGGUAACCUCUUAUCGGGAACAUGUACCUGAUUUGGAAGAGGUUCGGGCGGUUGCUCCAGAGGCUGCAACAUGGUUCACAUAUGAUUGGGAGCCUCUUGUGAAGCUCUAUUCGACUGAAACAGGCAUCAGCUUCGUGGUAGAACCUGGAGACACUGAUGACGAUGUCUUCGAGGACUGGGAUGGUGAUGAGACAGACUCGUCGCAAUCCUCAGAUGAGGUUGAUCUGUACAGCGACGAGGAAUGA